AUGUCAGCAGGACAAAUGAAUAGUGUGAUAUCACAGCCCAGUUGCCCCUGUCAGAGGAUGUGGCUGUGGAAGCAUCACUGUCCUGAAUAUUGUGAAGAGCAUUGGUCCAAGAGUGGGAUGAUAAUGCUUCUCUUUACUUUCUGGGUGUUAACUUCUCUAAUCAGCAGCAUCCGUGCAGAAGGUCUUUCCAGAGCUUAUGUGUUCUUCAGAAGUCACCAGCCGAUCAAAAUGGCUGCUACCCAGUCUGCAUACUCACACAAUGAGUGUGGCCUUCGACCAUCUUUUGAGUCCUUUCUGUGGACUGGCAAGAGGAUCACAGGUGGGAGAUAUGCCAAGGCUGGAGAGUUCCCAUGGCAAGUGAGCAUCCAGAGCAAUGGGAAACACAUCUGUGGAGGCAGCAUAAUCAGUGCGUUGUGGAUCCUGACUGCGGCCCAUUGCUUUGCAGAUGAAGUGCCACCAGAUAUUAAGAUUGUAAUGGGAGCAGUUGACCUUGACCUCCCACUGGAAGUACGUGAGCCAAGCAAGUUGAUCCUCCAUGAAGACUUUGACAGAAUAACCUUGAAGCACGAUAUUGCUCUGAUCAUGCUCAACUAUCCCAUUGAAUUCAGCAAUGAGAAAAUCCCCAUUUGCUUUCCCUACAUGGAUGACAUCAGUUCAUGGCAACACUGCUGGGUUGCUGGAUGGGGAAUGACAGGUGCAGUGUCAGCAUCCCACGUGCUGCAGAAAGCGAGGAUGAAGCUCAUCAGCCGGGAGGAGUGCUUGGACCAGAUACCAAAGCUGCCAAAGGAUAUGUUAUGCAUUGAGCUGGAGCAAGGAUCCUGCCAGGUGGACAGUGGGGGACCCCUGGUUUGCAGCUACUGGAACACCAUGAAGUGGUUUCAGGUCGGCGUCAUCAGCUGGGGAGACAAUUGUGCAGCAAGGCCAUAUUAUCAGUUCUACACUUCUGUCUAUAACUACUAUGAGUGGAUCAAGACUGAGACAGCCAUGACGGGGAAACCUUUCUUAAUCGAAGGCAUGGCUAAACAUGUUGUGAGUACCACAGAGGUUCAUUCUGAGGCCAAAGCUCAGCUGGUGUUUCUUGAGUCUGCUGUCCUUUUAUUUGCUUCUCAAGUGGCAAUUGGAUUGUUCUAGAGCAAUUUUUUCAAAACAUAAUAAAAGUCAGAAUGACUGUCUUCUUCUUUUGCUUCAGAACCAUAAAGUUGUAUCUCAGGUCAGCAUGCUCCAUCUCACUGAGGUGGAUAUAGACAGCCAAGUGAGAUGCUGCAUUCGGACUAGAGAGUGAUAUAGGGCUGGAGACUUGAAAGGAGAGAGCAAGGAUCCAGAUUUUCCAGACUAAGAGGGUUACAUCUGGCUCAAUCGUUUGCUAACUCAGAAGAAAUGUCAAGAUGCAGCACCUCAAGGAGAGCUGAAACCUUAAGAAAGAUCUUAG